AUGGCAGAUACAAACCCAGCGGAGAUACAGUAUAUCAAUGGAGUCAAGACUCUGGUUCCUCUAGAAAACAACCCAGAGGUGAUGUCCCACUUAAUCCAUGAGCUGGGGGUGUCACCAAAACUGGGGUUCUACGAUGUCUACAGCGUCGAUGACCCGGACCUGCUGGCCUUCAUCCCGCGGCCAGUGUACGGCCUCAUCUUCAUUUGUCCUCGCGACGCCUAUCACCGUACUCGCGAGAGCAUGGGCACUGACAGCAUGCCCGAGUACACGGGCUUGGGACCAGACGAGCCCGUUCUAUGGUUCAAACAGACCAUCAACAACACCUGUGGUCUGAUGGCUUUGAUCCACUGCAUCAGCAACGGGGAGGCAAGGGAGUAUAUCCCCGCAGGAUCUGAACUCGAUCAACUGUUCAAGGCCGCAGUGGACCUGCCUCCUACAGAGCGUGCUCAGUUGCUAUAUGACUCCCCCUUGCUGGAAAGAGCCCAUCGCUCAGCGGCAAGACGAGGAGAUAGCACUGUUCCGGCACCAGACGACAAGUGUGGUUUCCAUUACAUCUGCUUUGUGAAGGGCUCAGACGGCCAUCUGUGGGAUCUAGAAGGCGGGGUGAAGGGCCCAAUCGAUCGAGGGUUUCUGAAUGAGGACCAGGAUGGGCUGAGUGAAAAGGCUCUUGACCUUGGGGUUCGAGCGUUCCUCAAGCAUGAAAGCGAUACUGGCAAGGGAGUUGACGUUUCUGGCUUCAGCAUUGUGGCCCUAGCACCAAGCAUGGAUUGA